CACUUUGAUAAUAAACAAGAUGGUGACUGCGAGCGUAUUUUUCAUUGCAAGUUCUAAACUUGAUACGACAUUUCUUUUUUAAUGAGAGUUUUUGUCUGCAUACCCUCGCUGUAGAGUAAUUUCGUGUGCUUACAAAAUCGAUCCCAUUAUUUGUCAUGUAGAGAUGUGAAACACUGAUUUCGAAGAGCUGAAUUUCAUUUGAUAUUCCUCAGCACAGCCAUUCAUUCAGUUUGUGUUUGUGUGUCUUUAAAUGUGUUUAGUAGACACGGACCUGGACGAAAAAAUUGCAUGUUCCUGUUUUCAUUUGGACUUUAUUUUGUGUGUGUGGACCUUUGGAUCUCGAUGUAGUUCAUUAGCUUUUCCUGCUCACAUGGUAACUCCUGUCUUCUUGAGGUUAUAGAUCUUCUACUAAUCUAGACUAGAAUCUAGAUAUAGAUCUAGAUUUCUAAUCUAGAAUCUCUAGGCUAACAUUCAACUAACAGUGGCAGUGGACACUUAUGACACUAAUCUCAGACUGGAAUACACACUCUUUGUGCAAUUGACAUGAUAAAAGAGCAAAAUGUGUUUUGUCAUUCUGUACUACAAAGACAGACAUUUGUUUCAAUGGGAUUUUAACAUGAUUGUUCAUACAAGUAAAAGGAGUAUCAAGAUUUGGUAGGAGCUGAGUGCCUCAUCAACUGGUUCGAGACGCAAAUUUUCAUCAUGGCGACUGAUAUUGCUCAGUUUGUUCAAUGCUUGAAAAAGCCGCCUUUAUCUCGGACAGACAAGGACCUGAAAGUUAUAUUUUCUUAUCUCCAUGGAAUGGAGGCUUUAGCUGGAGUUCGUGAGCAUGCUCUGCAGAGUCUGUGCUCUAUGGUUCGUUAUGAGUUUCACGAGGGAAAUGAUAUCAUCUACUACCAGGGAGAGGUAGCCUCGUGCUGGUACAUUUUAUUGUCAGGCUCCGUGUUCAUAGAAGGAUCUAUGUUCCUCCCCAGAAGCAGGUAAGGUGUUAUUUCUUUGCUUUUUUUUAUUAAUGAGUUGAUAAUGUGUAUGGAUACACCGUUGCAAACCCCAGUAGAAUGAGAGGGAUGAGUAGCCAAACACUUGGCAACUUGAGAAUUUUAUGUAAAGCUGCCACCCCUAGGCGUGGGGUCGUCAUCUUUUCUCCUUUCAAAGUUUUUUUUUGUAAACUGUUUUGUGAACCAACGGUUCAGCCAGGUUAAAAAGAAACCGAGCCCUGCCUGAGACAUUCAGCACAUUUGGAGACUUAUGUCUAAAUGGUUAUUAAAGACCUAUCGUUUGUCGGAUAAAUUUUCUUAUUUGAGAUUGAAAGUGAAAAGGUUAACGAAUUUUGGAGGGAGGCUCGGCUCAUAUGUGGAGGAGGUGGUUCCGUGCAUUCGAAGGAUUUCAAUCCGCCCCCCCCCCCCUUAUCUCUGAGCUCUACGCACUUGUUUCAUGUGUCAGAAAAGAAAGGGGGAAGGGAAGGGGGUUUGAAGUCAAAUCUGUGUUUAGUGAUUCCUGUGUGUGUGGUAGAGGGAGAGAGAGAGAGGGAGAGGGAGAGAGAGAUAGAGAGAGACCUCUAUUUUGUUUGAUUUAACUUGGGAGUCUGAGCGUACCUGCCACUGACGUCAUCAUCUGGCUAGGGUAUUUGUCGUGGACGCAAGGACUUUGCUGUAUCUUUUAGACAUUUGCGAGUACUCGUUGCUUUUGAUAUGUGCGUGUGGCAUCUGACACUUGCCUCUUUGAAAGGUGGGGGGGGGGGAUUUUUAGAAAUGUUUUUUGUGAUUUGAGAACGCCGAGUGAAGUGGAAAGGGUUCAAAGUAUUGUUCUUACAAUGAUACUUUAUAAUUUAUACCCAGAAAUCAUAUCAAAUCAACAAGUUAUAGCCAAUAUCGAUGCUUGAUUUUCUUCCCGAGAACUCGGAAUAUUCUUAUAAAAUAUUAUCCUAUACAAAGUAAAAAUAAUGUAAAGAGAAAUGUGUAGCAGAUAACGGAAAAGAAGAUGACGUGGAGGGAAGGAAAACAGAACAGCAUAGGCUCAUUACCAUUUUUUUGUAAACUGACGUUGUUUAGAGCUAGUGAACAAGGAUGCGAACUUCUGUUGGAAAUGGCGUACAGGAACAGUGAUGGGCUCAAGGGCCACGCUUCCCCCUCCCCUCUCCCCCCUCACCUAAAACAAAAA